AUGGCUUUGAAUGGCACUUCCAGUACAUCACCAACAUUGGUCUGGGCUUGUCCACAAUCUCCUUCGCCCUUGGGAGCACUCACCGACAUUACUUCGAACUCAACCAUUUUCAAGAUUAAGAGCGCGCUCUCAGUCUUGGGCGCGCCUCUCGAGGUCACCGUUACCAUUUUAUACUGGGGGAUCGUUGCGAUGGGCCGCAAUCUCAUAGUUCAGGCUGGUUUCAAGCUUCCCCUACUUCUUAACUUGGGUUUCCACUUUGCGCCGGCAAUUUUUCAAAGCUUGGAUUACAUUUUGUUCAGCCCACCCUGGACAUUGCCCACCUCUGGGCUUGUGGCUCUGAGUGCUACCUUUGCUUACGCGUAUCGAUGCUGGGUUGAUUAUUCCCACAGUAGAAACGGAUGGUAUCCAUACCCUCUGCUUAAAGUCCUCAACACACCCCAGCAGUUGCUUCUUCACGCUCUCACCGGAGUGCUCGUCUUUGCUUCGUCUCGCGUCCUCAAUUGGGUUUAUACAAAGGCCAAUGGAUCUGCACCUGUUGUAACAGAGCAGACAACUGAAUGUGAGAAGAAACAAGAGUAG